UGCAGCUCAGCCUGGGACACACUGCACAGGACACUCCUGGAUUGUUGGCACCUGGAAUAAAGUGGCAGCAGCAGCAGCAGCAGCAGCAGGGACCCUGAGAGCCUGAGAAGAGGGGGUUGGAUGCUUCUUGGAAGAACCUUGCUGCAGACGCCUGUUGCUGACCCACAAGAAACUUCCCCCCUCCCUGGACGCUGCAGGACUUGCCUGGCUUUACCAGAGGGGCUGGGGGCUGUCCUGGAUGAUCACAAAUGUUAGCUGUGGGGCAGAUGGAUGCUAACCGGCAGAGUGCAUUCGUCCUAAGCAGCACACCCCUGGCUGCCCUGCACAACAUGGCAGAGAUGAAGACCACCCUGUUCCCUUACACUUUGCAGAACCCGUCCACUUUCAAAGCCCACAACCUGUCCUCCCUAAGCGCACAGUUCCCCCUGGGGACACCUCAUGGGAUUAGUGACAUUCUCGGCAGGCCCCUAGGGGCCACACUGGGGUCAUCGGGCAACUUGCUCUCCAGCCUGCCCCGCAUUAAUGGACUUGCCACUUCUACUGGGAUGUACUUUAACCCAGCAGCUGUGUCUAGGUACCCCAAACCCCUGGCAGAGCUGCCUGGCAGAGCCCCCAUCUUCUGGCCUGGAGUUAUGCAGAGUUCGCCAUGGAGGGACCCCAGGCUUGCCUGUCCUAGCCAAGCCGGGAUGAUUCUGGAUAAGGACGGCAAGAAGAAGCACUCCAGGCCCACCUUCUCAGGGCAGCAGAUUUUUGCUUUGGAAAAAACCUUUGAACAGACGAAAUACUUGGCAGGGCCUGAGAGGGCCAGACUGGCCUACUCCCUGGGCAUGACAGAGUCUCAGGUUAAGGUCUGGUUCCAGAACCGGCGGACUAAGUGGAGGAAGCGCCAUGCGGCAGAGAUGGCCACGGCCAAGAAGAAGCAUGACUCUGAGACGGAGAAGAUGAAGGACAGCUCGGACAAUGAGGAUGAUGAUGAAUAUAACAAGCCCCUGGACCCCAACUCAGACGAUGAGAAAAUCUCCAGGUUGCUGAAAAAGCACAAAAAUACAAACUUAUCCCUGCUCAGUCCCUGCAGCAAUAACUCGGACACCUUGUGAUGUACUCACACCCAGGGACUUCUCCCCCUCACCCCAAUACCGAGGACCUCUCCCCCCCAAUCCCGGCUACCUCUCCAACCUCCCCACACAAUCCUGGAGAUUUCUCCAAUCCGGGGACCUUCUCCAGCACCCCGCAUCCGAAAUACUGAGGACCUCAUCCCAACCACCCAUACCGAGCACCACUCCCAGCUGCCCCACAUACCAAGAACCACUCCUGUCCCCCCCAAAUACCAACAAGGACCUUCCCCAGCCUCCUUCCCCCAAAUCCCGUGGAGCUUCUUCAGCACCCCUUCUCCCCCACCCACCCCCCUUCCCAAUACCGAGGUCCUCUCCCAGCCCCCUUUAAAGCGCUUUACCAGCUGACUGACCAGGGUAUUCACAUUAUAAAUAAGAGUUGUACGUGUCUGUCUACAGUGGUAUGUGUUGUACAGCCUAAGAUGUAUGUUGAGAUGUAUAUAUAUUUUUUACAGAAUAAGUUAUAAAAAUGAUCUUCUUGCUCUUGUACAGGACUCAGAUUGUCUCACUGUCAGGGGGACCCGGCGGCAGAAGGGUUAAACAACCCGCUUUUUCCCUCUGACCUCAAUUCUGUUAUUACAGACCCUCUGUGUAUGAGGACACAUUUUGUUACUUUUUGUACAGAUGCAUUUUCCUGCCACUUUGUAUAUAGAUCAGAUGAGUUUGUGUGGUCCCCUAAAUGCAAUAAAUAAUGGCUAGUGAGGGCUCCAUUCUCUAUCAGGACUGAGAUCCCCCACACUGGCCCAAAGCAGAGAAUGACCGCGAGGGAAAUACAGAAUUAUUUGAUUUUGACGUUUAAUUAAAAUAUUGUCUCCA